AUGAAAUAAUAACUGAAAUCAAUACUUUAUAUCCUACUCUUUUUGGCUUUUGUACUUGGGUAAGACAAACAGUAAAGCUUUUCUGACUUUGGCAAAAAGCACUUGUAAUAAUAAUCUUUCUUAGAUUUUAAAAAAUCGUUUGCUAAAAAAUACAAUUCCUAAGAACACGAAUUGUUUAGAUUCAAUGUUUUUCUUGAAAAUCUAAAAGAAAUUGAAAGGUUAAAUAAAGAAAUCACUACUGCAAAAUUUGAUGUCACUUAGUUUUCUGAUUACACUAAAGAAGAAUUCUUGAAACUUCAUACAGGCGUUAUAAUUCCUUAAGAAGUUGAAACAUCAAGCAGUUCAUAAAGCAACUCUGACUAAGAUGAAAGAAAACUACAGUCUCUACCUUUAGACUGGGAUAUUAGAGUAAAUGGGCCAGGCAAAUUACAAGCGGUUAAAAAUCAAGGCAAUUGUGCUUGUGACACGGCUUUUUCAACGUCUGCUACAGUUGAAAAUCUUUAUAGCAUAAAAACUGGUACUAAUGUUUCUUUUUCAGAGCAAUAAUUUGUAGACUGUUUAUAUAAAAGAGAUGGCUGCUAAGGAGGCUGGUUCUCAGAAGCCUAUAAUUUUGUUAUUAAUACUGGAAUUGCCCUUGGAAGUAUGUAUCCAUAUAAGUAAGUAUAUGGAACCUGUAAAACUUUAGAGAUGGGUAAUAAUUUAUACAAGAUAAGUGGUUUUAAAAAUCUACCAGAUAACAUUUUAUAAAUUAAAUAAUCCAUUGUUAAAUACGGAGCUGUUGCUGCUUGUGUUGAUGCUUCUGGAUGGGAUAAAUACAAAAUUGGAAUUUACUCUAUCCGAACAACAGCUAAAACUUAAUGCAAUCAUGCUGUUACAAUUAUUGGGUAUGGACCAGAUUACUGGUUAAUACGUAAUAGUUGGGGAACUUAAUGGGGAGAGUCUGGUCACAUUAGAGUUGCUAGUAAUGGAACUGGAGGAAUAAGUACAAAUUUGGUCUUUUAACCUUUCUGA